AUGGACAACCAAGAAGAAGACUUUUCUUCUUUAUCAAUAGCAGAUAGAUUACAGCACAAAUCUUGGAAGGCCCGUGUAUCUGCUUGCGAGGAUCUCACAAAGCUAUUCAAGAUCACCACUGAAGAUGGAGAUUUUCACACAUACGAAUCCUUUCUCAAGAAGCUUGCCGUGGAGCCAAAUGCCGUUGCGCAAGAAGCUGGUUUAGCUGCACUUGUGGAAUACGUCAGCAACGCACCUAAUGCUUCAAGCACACGCGAAACCAUGAUACCUGCUCUUGUGGAGAAAUGUCUGGGAGCAACCAAAGCAGGCACAAAGCAAAAGGCAACAGACAUUAUAUUACUUUAUGCAGAGAUUGAUACACCAGAGCCCGUCCUUGAAUUUGUGCUGCCUGGUUUGAAUGCAAAGCAGCCCAAGUUAGUCACUCAGACAGUCGUCGUGCUCAAAGAGCUUGUUCGACAAUUUGGCAUCAAAAAGGUGAAUCCAAAGCCUAUUCUCAAAGUGAUUCCCAAGUUAUUUGGCCACACAGACAAAAAUGUUCGAGCAGAGGCAUCUGCAUUAACAGUGGAAUUAUACCGUUGGAUUGGGCAACCCUUAAUGCCAAGUAUCAGCACCUUAAAACCAGUUCAAAUCAAAGAAUUAGAGGAAGCUUUCUCGAAAUUACCUGCCGAGAAACCAACCCCUGAACGUCUGAUCCGAUCUGAACAGGCCAUUGAAGAGCCAGAACAAGCACAUGAUGAUCAGGAAAUGGGAGAUGCUCAGGGCGACAAUGAUGAUGACAUGGAGGUAGACGAAGUAGAUGCUUUCGAUUUCGCCGAUCCAGUGGAUAUUACUGCUAAAUUACCGUCCAACUUUAAAGAGCUGAUUGAAUCAAAGAAAUGGCAGGAAAGAAGAGAGGCAUUGGAUGCAUUGCUGGAGCAGGCGAAAACUGAAAAGAUCAUGGACAAGGAUUACACAGACUUGAUAGCAUUACUAGCCAAGCGCAUCAACGAUUCUAAUAUAUUACUGGUGGGAGCAACAGCAACAUGCGUCGAGAAAAUAGCCACUGGAUUACGAACAGAUUUCGGCAAAUACAAGCCCAUCAUUGCACCUGUGAUGAUUGAAAAGCUAAAAGAGAGAAAACCGGCCAUCUUGGAGCAACUCGCCAACGGCCUCAACGCCGUAUUUGCAUCUGUGCCCAUGUCUGAGCUGAUUGAAGAUGUUACGGCUGCAUCCAAACACAAAAACCCACAAGUCAGAUCGGAAUGCUUCAAGCUGGUGUCGAGACGAUUAAAGGAAGUCAAGGAAAUCCCUGGGAAACAGGAGAUCAAGGCAUUUGCAGAGAUGUUUAAAAAGCUAUUGGAUGAUGCGGAUGCCAAUGCACGCGAAGCGGGUGCUGAGGGUUUGGGUACCUUGAUGAAACUGAUAGGCGAAAAGCCAAUGCUGGCAUUCACGGAUGGGUUGGAUGAUAUCAAAAUGGGUAAAAUCAAAGAAGCUUGUGAAAAGGCGACAGUGAAGGCAAAGGUCAAAAAGGCUGCUCCCCCUCCUGCUGCUGUCAAGAAAGCGCCUGCCACUGUAAGAAAGCCUGCUGCUGCACCGAAACCAGCACCAAAAGCUGAGCCCAUGGCCAUUGACGAGGAUCCAUACGCUGCUGCAACAGUGGUAACUCCUCCCAAGCGAAAACCUCCUGCUCGUUUAGCCGGUGCAAGUAGUAUGAAGAAGCCUGCAUUAUCAUCAGCAAAACCAAAGCCUGCUGCUGCUAGUGCUGCUACAGCUUCAGGUUCCAAAAAGAGCGCCAAACUACCUCCUCCCAGUGGUCCUGAAGAGAUCAAAUACAAAUUCUCCCCUGAAGAUGCUGAAGCGCGAGCCACUGAAUUCAUCCCGGAAGCGAUUCACAACGAUUUACAGCAAGCGCAAUGGAAAGUACGACUCGCAGCCAUGGAGUCCUUAUGCCAACACUUUGAACAAACGGAUGCUGCCUCCAUUGAACCCGAAAUUGUGAUUCGUUCCUUCUCCAAGAAGCCAGGAUGGAAAGAAAUGAACUUUCAAGUCAUGGGUAAAAUGUUCUUUGCUAUUCAGACACUGGCAGAGCAAUGUCCCAAAUUCAACAAGGCAUGUGCUGCUCUGUGUAUUCCUGCCAUGGUGGAGAAACUGGGCGACAUCAAGCUCAAGAAGCCUGCGGGUGAGUGUUUAGUGGCGAUUGCCGAAAAAAUAUCACUGCAGUUUGUAUUUUCGCAGGCGUAUCCCGUACUUAAGAAGGCAAAAUCACCCAAAGUGCUGGCGGAUUCACUCUUAUGGAUUCAUGCUGCUCUGAUGGAUUUCGGUAUUCAUGGUUUGCAAGUGCGUGAUUUGAUUGAUUUGUUGAAAUUUGGCUUGUCAAACACCAAUGCAUCGGUCAGAACAAGUGCAGUGACAGUAUUGGGUGCUUUGAGACAGUACAUUGGCCCAGAGGUCAAGUCAUUUGUAGAAGAUGUCAGCCCUGCGUUACUAGCUACUAUUGAGCAAGAAUUUGAACGUGUGUCUCGACUCGAUCCACCACAGCCCACAAAAGCACCCUCCGGCGCAGCUGGUGCAGCAGACGAUGGCGAUGAUGGAGACGCUAGUGCCAGUGCUGAUGCCAUUGAAUCGUUGUUUCCUCGCGUCGAUAUCUCUGGUCCACUGGGUAAAACAGUAGCAGAAUGCGGAGACGCCAGCUGGAAGAUUCGUAAAGAAGGGCUGGACAAAGUAGCAAGCAUUCUCGCUGAAACCAACAACCGCAUCAAACCUUCCUUGGGCGCUGAAUUCCCUGGUGUGCUUAAACAACGACUGAACGACAGCAACAAAAACUUGCAAGUGCAGGCAGUGGAUAUUACCGGUAAUUUAGCUGUGGCGAUGGGCAAGCCAUUUGACAAGUACGUCAAAGUCUUCACUGGGCCUAUCAUUGCUGUCUUAUCUGAUAACAAGGCCAAUGUAAGAGCGGCUGGUGUUGCUGCACUGGAGAACAUCAGGAAAUCGUGCUCCAUGGAGAUGAUGGCUCCCGUGUUUGGUACCAGUCUGGCCAACGAAACGCCUACUCUGCGCAAAGAACUACUGACCUGGUUCAGUACGGCCAUCAAAGAGGAACCUGAUGCUGCCAAAUUCGACUUGAAUGGCAUGAUCUCUCCCUUGUUUUCCUGCCUGCAAGAUCGUAAUGCGGAUGUGCGUAAAGCAGCUCAAUCUGCUCUUCCUGAAUUGAUUGGUGUGGUGGGCUACGACGCUGUGGUGAGCAAAACAUCUGAACUCAAGACUGCACAACGUCAAACCGUAAUGCCAUUUGUUGAGGCAGCGAGAGGAUCUCCUGGCGCUAUGGGUGGUGGUGGUGGCGGUGUCUCAUCUGCUGCCAGUGCGGUUGUAGCUGCGAAGAAGCGUCCCGAGUCGGCUCAUGCUGCAGCAGCAGAUGAUCAUGUGGGUAGAUCCCCCAGUGCAACUCCUAGUCGUAUGAAGACCCUUACCAGCAGAAAGAAGGUGGGCGGUAUACCUGCACCUCGAUCACAAGCCAUGUCACAAGCAGGUGCUGCUAGCGCUUCUGAAGAUGCUACUGCUCCCAUCUUGACAAGCGAACCUCGUGCUAAACAAAUGCGCGCCAAAAAGGAGAACAGAUGGCAAUUUGAUACGCCUAGAUCAGACGUGAUUGAUGGCCUCAAAGCCCAGUUUGAAGCCAACAUGAGCCCUGAACUCACUGCGCUGCUGUUUAGCACCAGUCAGUAUGCAGAGCGUGAUCGCUUGAAUGGUCUUGGUAUCUUGAACGAGUGCCUUGGUUCUCCUGAAUUGUGUGCCUCCAAGUACAAUAUCGACUAUGCCGACAUGAAGAAGCGUUAUGUUGCUAAUUUGGAUUUGAUCCUCAAGUACUUGACCAUCCGAUUCUUUGAUACCAACACCAGUAUGCUGAUCAAAUGCUUGGAUAUCACACAAAACCUUGUAGCUGUCUUGGAUGAAGAGGGUGUGAACUUAACUGAAUACGAAGCUGUCUCCUUUUUGCCCUUUUUGAUCAAUAAGGUGGGUGAUCCCAAAGAAGUGAUGCGUGCGCGUGUACGUGCUAUCCUCAACUCGCUUUGCCGCAUCUACCCUCCUAGCAAGAUGUUCAAUUGGUUGCUGGAGUCUGUGGCGAGCUCAAAGAAUGCAAAGGCGCGUGCAGAGUGUCUUGAGGAAGUUGGUGGUCUGAUUCAACAAAAGGGCGUGGAAAUCAUGCUUCCCAACAAGGCGCUGCCCUUGAUUGCUGUUCAUAUUGGUGAUAGAGAUGCUGGUGUCAGAAAUGCUGCUCUCAGUGCUAUUGCGCAAGCCUAUAUUCUGAUUGGUGAUAGUGUGAUGAAGUACAUGACCAAGCUUGGAGAUAAAGAAAAGAGUAUGCUGGAAGAACGUUUAAAGCGCACGAAACCAUCAGCCACCGUACUGGCAGCAGCAGAAAGAGAGCAGAGAGCUAGACAAGAAGCUGAAGAGAUGGAAGUAGAUGAGCUGCCCUCCAUUAGCAACUUGCCUCGUCUCGGUGGUAGAUCACAUAUUGGAAAGCCUAGAAGUAACCUUGUCCAUCCUCAACAACGUUCAGUUCAUCCUGUGCAAAGUAUACCCGAACCGGAACCCAUGGAGGAUGUUACGGAUGAUUAUGGACAGCGUAUUCCAGAGCCACAAUACGGCCAUCGCAAUCAGAUUGAUACCAGACGCACACAGCAAUUUGGAUACCACCAGCAUGCAGCUCCUGCCAUUCAGCAGCAACAACAACAACAACAGCAACAGCAACAGGCCUACGAGACGCAAGAAGACCUUGUGGACUAUAUCAUCACACAAAUUACAAAUGGCGAUCCACAACCCAGUAUUGAAGCACUCAAGAAUCUGGAUAAAUUCCUAUCUCAUAAUCCAGAGGCUAUUUUGCCUGAUAUUGAAGCUUUGAUCAACGCCAUUACACUGCAAGUACGUAUCGCUUACUCGUCUGUGGAUCCACGUCAGCCUGCUACAACGCGUCUUUGCAAGCAUCUCGUCAAUGCACUUGUCAUGCUCUUUUCCAACAGAGACUUGGCUUGUGCGGUGCCUCAAAUCUCAUUGAACCAUCUGUUGCAGGAACUGUCGCAUCGACUCUUGGAUCAAAAAAUGCUCGCUUUGGAAUCAGGCCCUCAGUUAUCAAAGGCAUUGAAUGUAGCCAUGGUCAAGGUAUUGGAGAAUAGUGCUAGAAAUGUCACUUUUAGUGCCUUGCUCUCCAUCCUAGCUCAGUGCUCUGCUGUAUUGCGUCCCGGUGAUUCACCCACUGCCAAAGACACCAAAUACACUGAACUCAUCAUGAAAUGUCUCUGGAAGCUAGCUAAAACCGUGCAGGACAACCUUAGAACUGGCAUACUGAACCCUGAUGAGCUUUUGUUUGAAAUCAACAACUUUUUCAUCAACACACCACCUCCAGAAUGGAAGCGCAGAGCCAGUGAAAAGGUGCCUUUGGGUGAGAUGCCACUUCGCACUGUCAAGACCUUGUUGUUGGAACUGGUGAAUGGCUUGGGUGACUCUAUAUUCCAACAUUUGACAUUGAUUCAGGAUCCACAGAGAAGCAGCGUAUAUCCCUACCUUCAUCAUAUGCUGGAGGCAUGUCGCAAAAAGGACAGAAUGCAGCAACAGCAACAUCGACAACCACCACUACCAGCUGCUGUUCAGCAACAUUCACCACAACCACAGCCUCAACAGCUGCCUACACAACAACAACAGCUUCGUCCACCGCAAUCUCCUCAAUUGCAGCAGCAGCAGCAGCAACAACAGACUACAGAGGAAAAUAGAUUCAUAUCACACUCUAGAAACUCAUCUCUCGGCAGACCCUCUUCUGUGUCGUCCUUCAAAUCCAACUCUAUGAUGCGAUCUCCCUCAAUGGCAUCACAUCCAUCUUCUAUGGAAGGAGACCACGUUGCUACAGAGAACACUCCGCAACCAACAAAUCAAAGUCCUCGCUUAACCGCGCCAUCCAUCAAUAACAGCCAUCCUGAACCAAUGCAAAUCGAUGAACCUCAUACGAAUGACACUACUCAUCACUCGCUAUCCGAUCAAGACCUCAAUGUGGCAUUGACGGCCAUAUUUAAAAAGAUUGGCACAAGAGAUCAAACAAAGCAAGGCAUUGUGGAGCUGUACGAAUUUCAAAAGACAUAUCCCUUGGCAGAAGCUAAAGUCAAUGGCUAUCUGCUGCAGACUGGAAAUUACUUUCAAAGCUACAUCCGAAGAGGUCUCAGUAACUUGGCAGCAGAGGAUAACGAGGCGAGAGCUACAGCACAGGCACAAGCAUUGGCAGCAGCACAAGCAGCGAGUCAGUCCAUUGCCGCUGCUGCUCAUGUAGCACCAACACCCACAGCAACCGACUACCAUCAUACAUCCUUCUCACCUACGCCUACUACACCGACCAUCAGCUCGGCGCCCAUGAUGGAGCAAACAUCCAAUGACAGACUCUCCUUUGAUAGUCAAAGUAACAGAGCAAGCGUCCAUUCAGCAGCAGGUGGAGAUGAUGCGGCAGAGAUAAAGUUGCGACUAUUAAGAUUACAACAGAAAUUUGGCUUUGUCAAACAGCAAGAGAUCGAGGAUUCAAAUCAUACAACAGCGACAAGCCCCACUGCCGCCACCAACAUUGGUGGCCUAUCUACCACGGAUUAUACCAACACGCAUCAGAUUACACCAUCCAGACAAGACACUUCCCCCACGUAUUCGCGUAGACAGUCGAGUAUGAGCAACUAUGAUUACCGCGAUGUCCAAGGCGAAUCAGAUAGACAACAGUCUGUUUCUGCUCUCAAGGAAAAGCUCGCAAAAAUGAAGCAAGUCAUUAGCUCAGCAGCUUCUUCUCCUAAUUUGUAA